AUGUACGCAGAGGAGCAGCUUGCGGCACAGGCCGAGGAGGCGGCGAAGAACAGCGCUUGGGAGGAGAUGUGCCAGGCUUUCGGAGGAGAACCCAAGAAGAACUUGAAGGGGGUGAGGACGUUGGCGAAUGGCAGGUACGCUGCUGAGAUCCGGGACAAGGUCGCGGGGCGCAAGGUCUGGCUUGGGACGUUCCCGUCCCUCAAGCUCGCCGCUUGCGCCUACGAGCUGGCUGCCAGGGGGAUGCUGUCGGGGGGACGCCAUGCCGUCCCAAACUUCCAGCAAACUCCGUCUCCCGCCUUACGUGCCGAAUUCGAUGACGAGCUGGCCGCACAGGCGCUCCGUUACAGGGAGGCGGACGGCGGCGGUCGUCCUGUUCCUGCUUGUCUCUUGCGUUUCGCCAGGGUGCCGGUGCCACCGGUAGAGGAGUUCCCGGAGCAGCCGCCGUUCACCGUCGAGGGCCCAGGUUGUGAGAUUACGUUCGUCCGCUCGAUACCCCCAGAGCCAGUCUACAUCGAGGCAGUCGAAGAAUCGUACCUCGCGACGCCAACCUGCACCUGGUGA